AUGGCCCUCAAUCUUCGUAAAAACCACCCGCUAUUCAAAACCAUUAACGAUGCCCUUAUUGACCUCCCCACACCAUCAAACAUCUCAGCUUGAUGAAACUUCGGGUCACUACUAGGCAUCUGCCUAAUCACACAAAUCAUCACCGGCCUGCUACUAGCCACUCACUACACAGCAGACACCUCCCUAGCCUUUAAUUCAGUCGCUCACAUAUGCCGAAACGUACAGUUCGGCUGACUAAUCCGGAACCUCCACGCAAACGGAGCUUCCUUCUUCUUCAUCUGCAUCUACCUACACAUCGGCCGAGGGUUCUACUACGGCUCCUACCUAAACAAAGAGACCUGAAACGUCGGAGUUAUCCUACUCCUGGCCCUAAUAGCAACCGCCUUUGUAGGGUACGUCCUCCCCUGAGGACAAAUGUCAUUCUGAGGGGCUACGGUAAUCACCAACCUAUUCUCAGCAAUUCCGUACAUCGGCCAAACACUAGUAGAGUGAGCCUGAGGUGGUUUCUCAGUAGACAACCCCACACUCACCCGAUUCUUUGCCCUCCACUUCCUCCUCCCCUUCGUCAUCGUAGGCAUUACACUAGUCCACCUCACAUUCCUACACGAAACAGGCUCAAACAACCCCCUAGGAAUCCCCGCAGACUGCGACAAAAUUCCAUUCCACCCAUACUACUCUACAAAAGAUAUUCUAGGAUUCGCACUCAUGCUCAUCCUCCUCGUAGCCCUAGCCCUAUUCUCCCCUAAUCUCCUAGGAGACCCAGAAAACUUCACGCCAGCUAACCCACUAGCCACGCCCCCACACAUCAAACCCGAAUGAUACUUCCUAUUCGCAUAUGCCAUCCUACGUUCCAUCCCAAACAAACUAGGAGGCGUACUAGCACUGGCCGCAUCCGUCCUAGUUCUAUUCUUAGUACCACUACUCCACACAUCUAAACAACGCUCACUAACCUUCCGACCCAUCUCACAAAUCCUGUUCUGAGCACUAGUAGCCAACCUACUCGUCCUAACCUGAGUAGGGAGCCAACCAGUCGAACACCCAUUCAUCAUCAUCGGCCAAUUAGCCUCCCUCUCCUACUUCACAAUCAUUCUCAUCCUCUUCCCACUUGCAGCUGUACUAGAGAACAAAAUACUAAAUCUCUAA